ACGAUUAUCCAAUCACAACGAAGCUUCUGGUUACCAGGAAGCACCGGACGCUGGAGAAAUCCGUUUGAUCAACAGCUUCUUCGCUCGGAUUGUUUUAUCUCUGUAGAACCGGGACUCCGGUGCUGCUGUCUCCUCCCACAUAGCGCCGCUCACCGGUCAGUUAGCUUCUGUGGCUAACAGCAGGAAGUCCGGUUAGUGGGGAACCAACUGACCCGCCUUCCAGGUUCGGGAUGAGCAGCGCGGUGCUGCAGGUCGGUACCGGGGUGUUUGUGAUCGGGAUCGUUUGGGUCGUAGCUCUGCUGUUAUCGCUGGUCCUGCUGAGAGCCGCUGGGUCCGCUCGGUUAGGAGUCGUCCUUGUUGUCCUCCUGGCGCUCGCCGUCACCUUGGUGCUGGUCUUCUUCCCUCGGAGCCCAGAGAUCCCGCCUCCCUUCACAGAGACGGAGGUCGUGGACUCUUUGUUCAUUGGCCGCUACGUUCUCCUGGCGGUGGUGAGCGUAGUGUUUCUGGCGGCGUUCUUCAUGCUCCUGCCCUUUCACCUCCUGGAGCCGGUGCAGGCUAAGUUUUUAAGGAAGCUGAUGCAAUGA